UUAAAAAAUUUUCUCACAAAAUGCGAAAAACUGAUUUUUUAAUCUGAACAAAUCCAACAAAUUCACACUUAAAAACGGUGUGAAUAUAAAAAAAAUCUGUGGUGCCGUAAAGUUUUUUUGUGUAUAACAAUUUUUUUAAAGGUUUAAGACGAUAAAUAGGAGUAAAUUUUACACAGAACGUUGGGUAUGGAACUUCAAAUGCAAAAUGUAAGACCACGGGAUGGACGAAUACAAUAUGAUGGAAAUAUUUUAAUUGGAUUGAACACAGAGAUGUCUGCAGAUUAUAAGGCGGAUAGAAUUUUACUCCGUAUAGGCCCGGAAAAUGAUUUGGACCCAUCUAGAAUCUUAGUAGAUUUUCACGAGGGGAACAACGUAACUCAUAACUUUAGCAUUCAUGUUGAUGCUGCCACUGCACGACUAAUCGAAGGAAUGGGACGCAGGAUCACUUUAUUCAAAAAUGUGGUUAAUUUAAUUUUGCGUGAAUAAUAUUUCAAGAUCAUCAA